GGAACAAGCGAAGUCGAACGAAAACUUUGAACUUUGUGAAGUUAGUCUAUAAAGAAAAAUGGUUUAUCGCGAUCAGGGAUAACUGUUCCUUUCGACAGACUAACGACGUGUAUUUGAUAAUACACACCUUGUUGUGUAUUUAAUCAUAAUAUUGUCAACACUGAAGAAUAGCCAGGUAUCCAAGCCAUGUUAUAAUGAAUGAAAAAUGAGCAAGGACAAAGACGAAGUAAUUCCCAUUCAAGGGCCCGGAAGUAGAAUCAAGGCCCUCGCGCCUACUGUGCGCAAGCAUCUUAUCUACACAAAUGAAAAUCUUAAGGUCAUUGUGGAUUUUUCUACCAAUGGAAUCAAGGCUUUUCCAGUAGAAAUAUGGAAAAACGAGGAGGUGCAAAUAAAAUCUGUAAAAUUACUGGGCGAAAAUAACCGUUUGAAGAAGCUUCCUAAAACCAUAUCAGACUUGGACAACUUGGAGUUUAUAGAUUUGAGAAAUAAUUCCCUGGGGGCUUUGCCGGGGACAAUAUUCAAGAUCAAAGCAUUAAAAGAACUCCAGUGUGGGAACAACGGUCUGAAAAGUCUCCCUGCAACCAUAAACAAAGGGCCAUCAUUGGAGUAUUUGUAUGCCCAGAACAACAAAAUCAAAGCCCUGCCUAAAACUAUAAACAAGUGCCCUGCAUUAGUACUUAUAGAUUUGACUGACAAUGUCAUUCGUUCCGUGAAAAAAACAAUAUAUGAGGUUGGUGCCACUUUGAAUCUUAGCAAAAAUCGUCUUGUUGAAUUACCCGAUGCCAACGUUAAAAAUCCGGCACUUAAAAAGCUAAUUGUAUCUGGAAACUCAAUAUCGCAUAUCCCUGACAACAUCAACAACGUCCUUACGUUAACAUACUUAGAUCUAGCUGACAAUGACUUGACAGAGUUACCCAAUCAGAUUGGGUAUCUAAAAUACCUCCACUAUCUGAAUAUAUCAAAAAACAAAAUAGGUUACCUUCCGGAGGAGAUCACCACCCUGCACUUUGCACUCACGUAUUUGCACGCCUCUGACAACCAGAUAAAAAGACUGCCCAAGGAGAUUCAUCAGCUUCAACGACUCCAGGUUUUAGAACUGGCCGACAAUCAGUUGGAGAACCUACCAGAAAACUUCUACCAACUUAAGAACAUCAAGAAAUUGGAUCUGUCUGGAAACAAGCUACAGACUGCAGCUGGUAUCAGCAAACUCAAGUCCGUGGAACAUAUCGGUUUAGCCAGAAAUUCCCUUACUGUUCUCCCAGAAGACCUCCCGAACCUCAAGUCGCUGAUAUCUUUAGAUGUGACGGGGAAUUAUAUUAAACAUAUUCCUGAAAACCUUCAUAAAGUAGGCACUCUAAAGAGUUUUAAGGCUAAUGACAAUAAAAUCAGCAAUAUUCCGGAAUCUUUGGGAGAAAACCAGCUAAUAACGGAGCUCUGUGUCUCCAGGAACCGCCUGCAAGGUCUACCACAGGAUAUGAAAAAGCUUAGAAGUUUGGAGGUAUUUGAACUGGCUCACAACGACAUAAAUGCGUUGCCGAAAACAUUUGACUUCCUAAAAUUUCUGAGAGUUCUAGAUGUUGCUGGUAAUGCAUUAACCGAGCUCACCUUACCAAAAACGUUGACAUCUUUGAAUUUAUCCUCAAAUCCGGUAUCACUCCCUUCCGUGGAUCCAAAAUCUGUACUGACAAUUCUUGGUGAAAAGACGUGGGCAUCGCAGAUGACUGUUCUCGAAAUUGAAGACAUCAAGCUAGAUGAGGUACCAAGUACCUUGAGUCAUAUGAAACUCCUCAAAAAGCUCAAUUUGCGGAGUAACAUCCUCAAGGUCAUUCCCGAUGAACUUUGCAGACUUCGACUUCUGGAAGAACUGGACGUAUCGAACAAUGAACUGGCUGAUCUUCCAGAUAGUAUAAGCAAUAUGAAAAAUCUGCGAAAGUUGAACGCCUCCGAAAACAAAAUUCAGCAUUUCUCGAAUGGACUUUGCCUUCUGCAUCAGUUAGAAGAAAUCAACAUGUCCUACAACAACAUCAUGGAAUUGCCGGAAAAUUUCGGAGAACUAAACAAAGUGAUUCGCUUGGAUUUAUCAAACAACGAGUUAAUGGGUUUACCAGAGGACAGAUGGGACGUGUUAGCGUCCAUGAUAUAUCUGGAUGUUUCCAAGAACCAUAUAAACGUCGUACCGACCGAUAUGCCAUAUUUAUACCGAGUUCAGGUUCUGAAGGCGGCGUGCAAUGACCUAACAUGCCUACCAGGAGACAUAAUAAAGAUGACGAGUUUAGAGUUUCUAGACGUGUCGGACAAUUUACUGGAAUCUCUUCCAGAUAAUAUAUGCAAACUUCCAAAUCUCACAGAACUGAAUGUGUCCGACAAUAAAAUCAAAUCUUUCCCAGGUAAAAUGGAGAAUCUGAAGCAGCGGUGUACGGUCAAUGUAGAGUCACAAUCCGCCUACAAACAACGAGAUCCGCCUGAUACUCUCAAAGCCGGUGAGGUUCAAACGGACGCCGAUGAUUCGCCAAGAAGCUCAAGAAAAAUUGACUCGGAAAAGUAGUUCUUGUGACUAAUGGCUGCAUGUCCCUCGCCGUGCCAAAAUAAGUAAUAUAUGCUAUAAACUCAUAUAAAUAAGUAUUAAACAUUGAAUUAUGUUUGUGACGCACGUAUUGAACUGUUUUACAAUAUGGUGUUAUGAGACUGUUAUUUUUGUUCUUUUACAAUCAUUUCACAUUUUAUACUUUUACAUUCAAUUGUC